AUGGCUCAGGACACUACGGUGCCCAAACUGAACUUUGAGUAUUGGUUGGAUAAAGCUAUUAAAUGGGGUCAAGCCACCACACUGGAAUCCCAGAAGGAUGUGUGCCUGCACUUGCCCCAGCUCCAGGAGUUUCUACAUCAGAUUUGUGAAACUUUAAAACAUACGGAUUCAAUUGUAGCAAUUCAACAAUUCCCUUUAAUUGGCCAGCUUCUAGGACGGCUUUGCUGGAAUCCUUUUGUUGUAGGAUAUGAUGAAAGCCAGAAGACUCUCAUGUGGUGCUUAUGUUGUCUAUACAGCAGUGAACCACAGAACCCUGUGGAAUUGAAAGCCAACAGCUGGAUACGGAGUUUGCUGUGCCACCUCAUUUCUUCCUCUGAGUGUGAAAGUAAUGAAGCUGAAACCAGUACAUUCAUAUCAACUCUUGGCUACACGUCAGCAGAUUAUUAUUGUCACUUAGUUAAAAAUGUGAUUUUUUCAUUAGUUACAGAACUCAAAGGGAACCAGUUCAAUGGACCUAACAUUCAAGGGAGAGUUUCAGCCAGUCGUGUGAAUGCUGUGUCCCUUUUCUGUCUCCCUCUCGUUACUUUGCCUGAUCUAACUCCAUUGCUGGAAACUCUCCUUCUUUACCAUGGAGGUACAUCAGAAGAAGUUCUUAGUUCAGAGUUUCUGGAGGCUGUGAACGAGGCCUUUUUAAAGAAGAAGAUCUCCCUCUCUGAUUCAGCUAUCUUUAGCCUCUGGCUUCGUCACUUACCAAGCCUUGAAAGAGCUACAUUACAUCUUUUAGACCAGUUGGUUUCCCUUCAGUUAAAUUCACUAGAAGAAGUGGCUUGUGUCAUAAAAGAUUCAUUACUGCACCAAGCAGCAAGCCAUCCUGCCAUUUUCAGAAUUAUGGAUGAAAUUUUCAAGCAUGCACUGCUGGAAACUGAUGGAACUCCAGAAGUUAUGACCAUAAUACAGGUGUUUACGCAGCUCUUUCUUCAGGCUCAUCAGAAUGAAAACAAGCAGCUUAAAUUUUCACUGAAGGCCUACUUCCCCUGCCAUCACCAGCCUCUUCUAACAGCUUUACUCAGACGUCCUUUUGAACUGCCAGCUGCACACUGGUCUCAACACUUGAAACACAUUUCGGACAUGCUCAAAGCAUUAGUAGAAGAUACAAGUAUCAGUUCUCUUGGUGGCCUUUUUGAAAUCUGGUUUUUGGUUGGUCGUUUUGGAGAAUGGCUGGAUAUUGCAGCAGAACAAUUGCUGAAGGCUGCUGUAGAACCAAAUGCUUUGCUGUGGCUGCUGGCAUUUUACUAUAGUCCUCAGAAUGGAAAUCAACAAAGGACUCAAACAAUGGUAGAGGCUCAAGCAGUCUACAAAGAUCUAAUGAUGCUCUUCAGCUCUGAAGUCCUUUCUGUCAAAGAUCUGGAGGCUGCUGUACAAUGUGUAACUGAUACAGAGCAGUGUUGUAACCAGCAUCUUACCACACAUCUUCUUACCAACUUUUUGCUCUUUUCUUCUUGUGGACAUACGGUUGCCCAGGAAUUGAUUUACCAUAUUGCUGAGGCAACUGAUACAAGCAAGGAAGUUCGUAGCCUUCUUAUCCGUACAGCAUCCAGACUUAACCAGAAUGGAGAAGAAAACCAAAGGACUGUGAAGCUGCUGAAUGAACUUGUUAAAAAACUAACACUGAAAAUUUAG